AUGGAUACUGACUUUUGUGCUAUGCUCGGAUUGGCGAAUUACAUUGAGGCGUCCUUCAACUACGGGUAUGGCGCCGCUGGUCGGGAAAAUGCAUUCCUCUUUACUCCCGAAAGCGAUCCCAAGUUGGCUCCCAAGCACUGCAACGCAGCCUACCGCAACAUUCUCAAGGCUGUCUUUUUGUCGGCUCCAUUUCUGGCUGUGGCGGUCCUCAUUGCCAGUGUUCUUGGGAGUCACAGCAUUCGGAAGUUUGCUGCAACUCUGGCAAGAGGAAUGGGUGCUACUGCUGACGAAGUUGACAUUCGAGGUCGCUGGAAGGCUCGGGUUGUUGAUGCCUACAUUUCGCCUGAACAGCCCUGGAUCGACGCCCGUGUUGCCGAAAAGCUUUGCAUGGGGGCUCCUAUUGCCUAUAAGCUACACCCGGAUGCCAAGAGAGUGACUCCCGGCUGGUUGAUUGAGCAUGUGGUGCCAAGGACACAUGCCUUUUACGACGGUGUCAACGACAUUUCCCUUCACUUGGCUCUGCCUCUUUUGUGGGCUGCUCUUGACGAAUCUUGGGAGGAGAGGAUGGAGCCUCCCGUUCGUGUUAGGAUCCAAGAUGCGUACGAGCGCAUCAAGGCCGAUCUUCCUGUCGGCGUCAACCCUGUGGUGAAAGUGCCUCUCUCUAUUUGGACGCACAACACCAAGCUCCACAUCAACGAAAUCGAGCCGAUGGAUACGGGAGGUGGCGGUGGCACGGCUAGUGACACUACAGGAACGACCGGCCAGGCAAGCACUCGUCAAGUUGCCAAUCAGUCGCGGCAGGUGACGGCUAUGCAAACGCAACAGCAGGUACGAACGAACGAGGAGAUUCUGACAAGGAUUAUUGCGCAGCACAACCAGCUCCAGCAGCUCAUUGCGCAGGAAGGUAGGACCCGCGACAAUACGGCUGCUGCGUUGAGAGGCUGGUUGGAGACUUGGCUUGGCGCGGAGCUGAGGAAACUCAAUGGCAACAUUUGCAGGAUUGCUGUUCAGCCUCCAAGGAUGGCAACACCUGAUCAGGUAGAUGGUAAUCUUUUUAGAAAUGGGUUGACUGUGGAAAUGACUCGCCGGAAUGGCCAGACUAGUCUCAGGUACAGACGAGCUGUGGCAACCCCUGCUGAUAGUAGGCCUGCCAAGCUAGCCAAGUACAGAACUAUUGGCUCUGCUUGGGAAGAGUGGAUGCAUGGUAUUGGUGGCAACAAGCCAGCCAAGAACCUCACUGCUGAAGAUAUCAGGGCUUGCAAGUCAACCUACUCCAGGAGGAAGCCACUCUGGACUCUCAUGGCUACACUUGUCAAUUCUGGCACUGCUGCCAUCAAGCAGGACACCAUUAUGGGCAGUCUGCAUGAGGAUCUUUGUAUUGUUCGUGCCCAGUAA